GAGCCCCACGCGGGAGCUUCCAGUCUCCGGCCGGCGCGUCUCGCUCCGCCGCGCAGGGGCCGGGCGGGCCGGGCGCUAAUAAAGAGUGAAUGAGCGGCAGCCCGAGCGGCCCCCGAUCCUUGCGCUCGGGAGGCGGCGAGGGGAGGCGGUUUGUCUUGUCCCUCCCUCCCCGCCCCUCUUUCUCUCUCUUCCUCCAGCUGGUGGUCCCGGAGCCCGGCUCGGACCGGUCCGUGUGCCCGGCCCCCCAUCCCGCACUCUUCCUCCUCCUCCUCCUCUUCCUCCUCCUCCUCCUCCUCCGCGUCCCACUGCUCACCUAGGGCGCCCCGGAUUGCCAUGGGUUAGGGCGGGGGGCCUGGAGCCGCGGGAGAAGGACCAGCCCCUGUGCCUCCGCCGGAGGGCGCGGAGCCCGGGCGCCGGGCGAUGGGGAGCGCGGUGUGAGCCCGCGCCCCGGGGAGGACGCCGGAGCCGCGGGGACCCGCGGAGGUGGAGGAAGAGCGCGUGGAUUGGGAGGAGGACCCCGGGGAGGAGGAAGGGAGGAGGAGCAGGGAGGGUGGGGAAGCGAGGGAAAAGUGCAGCCGGGAGGAGGAGGCGGAGGAAGGUGGCGAUUGAUGCUUCUGUGUUUUGUUGCCGCCGCUGCCCUCGCGCUGGGAGCCGGGCCGGAGGGAAGGCGGCGGAGAGAUGAUUGCAGAGUUGGUGAGCAGCGCUCUGGGGCUCGCCUUGUACCUGAACACCCUGAGCGCGGACUUCUGCUACGAUGACAGCCGUGCUAUCAAGACUAACCAGGACCUUCUCCCAGAAACGCCAUGGACGCACAUUUUCUACAAUGAUUUCUGGGGGACUCUUCUAACCCACAGUGGCAGCCACAAGUCCUACCGGCCACUCUGCACGCUUUCUUUUCGCCUGAACCAUGCCAUCGGAGGCCUGAAUCCCUGGAGCUACCAUCUUGUCAAUAUCCUACUUCAUGCGGCAGUCACUGGUCUCUUCACGAGCUUUUCCAAGAUACUCCUGGGGGACGGAUACUGGACCUUCAUGGCGGGCUUGAUGUUCGCCUCUCACCCCAUCCACACGGAGGCCGUGGCAGGAAUCGUGGGCCGGGCCGAUGUCGGGGCCAGUCUCUUCUUCCUCCUCUCCUUGCUCUGCUACAUUAAACACUGCUCCACCAGAGGCUACUCCGCCAGGACGUGGGGCUGGUUCCUGGGGACGGGACUGUGUGCGGGAUGCAGCAUGCUGUGGAAGGAACAAGGAGUGACUGUUCUCGCAGUCUCAGCAGUUUACGAUGUCUUCGUCUUUCACAGGCUGAAAAUGAAACAGAUCCUGCCUACCAUUUACAAAGGGAAGAAUUUGCCACUUUUCCUCAGUAUUAGUUUGUUAACUCUCUGGGGGACUUCCCUGUUGGGUGCCCGUUUAUACUGGAUGGGAAACAAACCACCGAGCUUUUCCAACUCUGACAACCCAGCUGCAGAUUCUGACAGUCUCCUGGCUCGCACACUCACCUUCUUCUACUUGCCAACCAAGAACCUCUGGCUGUUACUCUGCCCUGAUACCCUCAGUUUUGAUUGGUCAAUGGAUGCCGUGCCUCUGCUCAAAACAAUUUGUGAUUGGAGAAACCUACACACUGUGGCCUUCUAUAUUGGACUCCUCCUCCUUGCCUACUGUGGUUUAAAGAGCCCAAGCGUGGAAAGAGAAUGCUAUGGGAAAUUUGUAACAAAUGGCAAGCAGAAUGCAAAUGGACAUAGCUGCCAUUCAGAUGUGGAGUACCGGAACUCAGAGAUCAAGCCCAGCUUUGCAUCCAAAGUAGAAAAUGGCAUUAAAAAUAAUGUACCACAGACAACACAGCUUCCUUCUACAGAGAACAUUGUUAUUCUGUCUUUAUCUUUGUUAAUAAUACCUUUCGUUCCUGCCACGAACCUGUUUUUCUAUGUCGGCUUUGUAAUUGCAGAGCGAGUAUUGUAUAUUCCUAGUAUGGGCUUCUGCCUCCUCGUUACAGUGGGUGCCAGAGCCCUUUAUGUCAAAGUCCAAAAGCGGUUUCUCAAGAGCUUGAUUUUUUAUGCUACAGCUACAUUAAUUGUUUUCUAUGGACUCAAGACUGCAAUCAGGAAUGGAGACUGGCAGAAUGAGGAAAUGCUGUAUAGGUCAGGGAUAAAAGUAAACCCAGCUAAAGCAUGGGGUAACCUUGGAAAUGUUCUGAAGAGUCAGAGCAAAAUUUCCGAAGCUGAAAGCGCCUAUAGAAAUGCUUUGUACUACCGUAGCAACAUGGCUGACAUGCUUUAUAAUUUAGGGUUACUCCUGCAGGAGAACAGCAGGUUUGCAGAAGCGCUACAUUAUUAUAAACUGGCCAUCGGGAGCAGGCCUACCCUGGCUUCUGCAUAUUUAAACACCGGCAUUAUUCUGAUGAACCAAGGAAAGACAGAAGAAGCCCGACGUACAUUCCUAAAGUGUUCUGAGAUCCCCGAUGAGAACCUAAAGGACCCUCACGCGCAUAAGAGCUCGGUGACCAGCUGUCUGUACAACCUGGGAAAACUCUACCACGAGCAGGGACACUAUGAGGAAGCCCUUACUGUAUAUAAAGAAGCAAUUCAGAAAAUGCCAAGGCAGUUUGCUCCACAGAGCUUGUACAACAUGAUGGGGGAAGCGUAUAUGCGAUUAAGCAAACUCCCCGAGGCAGAGUACUGGUACAUGGAAUCUCUCAGAUCCAAGACUGACCACAUUCCUGCUCAUCUCACCUAUGGGAAACUCUUAGCUCUAACGGGUCGUAAGAGUGAGGCUGAAAAGUUCUUCUUGAAGGCUAUUGAGCUGGAUCCCACCAAAGGAAACUGUUACAUGCAUUAUGGUCAAUUUCUUCUGGAAGAAGCUCGUCUGUUAGAAGCAGCCGAAAUGGCAAAAAAAGCAGCAGAACUGGACAGCACAGAGUUUGAUGUGGUCUUCAAUGCUGCCCACAUGCUCAGACAGGCCAGCCUCAAUGAAGCAGCUGAGAAGUAUUAUGAUCUGGCAGCCAGGCUGAGGCCCAAUUAUCCGGCUGCGCUGAUGAACCUGGGAGCCAUCCUGCACCUGAACGGCCGGCUGCGCCAGGCCGAGGCCAACUACCUGCGGGCACUGCAGCUCAAGCCCGACGACGUCAUCACACAGUCCAAUCUCCGCAAACUCUGGAACAUCAUGGAAAAGCAAGGCUUAAAGACUUCCAAGACCUGACAGGAGCCGGGCCUCCCCCUCCUCCACAUUUUCCAGCUGGCUUCUUCACCAACAGGACUUCCCAGCAGGGCGAGGACAAGAGCUUUGUUUGGAGCCCAAGGCCAGGGCAGAGGUCACCGGGGUCACUGCCUCUUAGCUGUGGACACAGCCCUUAACACCAAAAAUGGGGGGGAACCUUGGAAACCUCCUGAGGGAUGUAAUUGUUACCCAUAGAGCUAAACCAGAGCACUUAACAAAGGAUCUCUCGGCCUUCUUAAAGAGGGGCGGCCUCUAACUUCCAAAUUUGUGCAUUUUUGAAAGCUAAUUUAGAAAUCAUAUUGUUUUCCUAAACACUGUGAGAGGAAGCCAGAGUGUCCAUGCAACCACAGGAAACUAUGAAGUGUUCGGAGGGAGUGAUUCAUGUGUCCUUUGGACCCUCGGAAGCCAGCGGUUGUCCAGACGCUGCUGCCUUCCCUCUUUGGGGCGGCCUGCUUAUCAAUUUCUGCAUCUUAGAAAACUACUUUUUUUUUUAAUAAGACGUCAUGCCCUGUGAGAGUCUACACCUGUUUCCUGACUAGUGCACAUAACGUGUUAUGAUUUGGAUGUCAGUCUUCACUUUUGGGGGAAUCAUUUGCUUUUCAUGACCGGAAAAGGAUAUGCAGAGUAGAGUAAUUAACCCCCAUUUCACACCAGUAUUGUAGGAGGGGGUAGGGAGGCCUCAUAUUGUACUUGUCAGGCAGGCAUUUUUUUUUUUUUUUUACUUUAAAGUCGCCAAUAUUUACACGCCCUCCCACAAAAAAAUUGCCUAUGAGAAUUCAUUGUAUUAAUUAUUAGGCUUUUGAAAUUGCCUUUUAAAAUGGCUAUUCCUGGUUAAUGCACAUGUUAAUGCAUAUAAGGACUAGAGGCCCGAUACAUAAAAUUCAUGCAAGAGCAGGCCUUCCUUCCCCCAGCUGCCUGCACCGACUUUUCUCUGGCACCCGGGACCAAGCUUCCCUUGCAGCCCGGGCUUUCCCCGGAAGGUCAUCUGGUCUAAUUAGCAUAUUACACUCUUAUUAUUAUAGAUUAUAACUAAAGGAAGCUUAAAAGUGUUCUAGCUCCAAUAACUAACCAGCAGCUCUUAGACAAAAGGGAAGGUGCUUUGUGCUUUCCAGAUGUUACUGGUUAAAAAAUCAAGUCUGCUCAAAGGAGUGUAUAAUCAUGGUUACCAAUGACUUUGUAUUUGGGAGAUGUUAUUAUGAAAUGCUAAUAUUUUUCUAAUAGGUACCAGAACAGUAAUGCUGAUAUGGUUUUAAGGAAUUGUUUUUAUUGUAUUUCUCAUAUUUUGCUCUUCCCAAAAAAACAUAAAAAUGACUUCUUAUUUUAAGCUGCAGUAGAGUGUAGCAUUCGCCUGCGUGUUUCUAGGUCUUCUGCCAAGUGCUUUUUACAGUUGAAAAACAUUUCUCACUAGCAAAUUUAGUAUUUUGUUUCAUUACCUAUUUGUAACCACUUCCACGUUCACUUCACAAGUAAAAGAGUAUAAAAGAUGUAGAGAAGAACAUUUGAACAUUUUUUUUUGCCUUGCAGUCAGACUUUGCUACUAAAAAUUAACUUUGUGAAAAUAAUAGCCCACUAUUAGUUUCUUCAUAAGGUAGAAACACAAUACUCUACAUAUUUAUUUAUUUAUUAUUCUACAAUAGCAGAAUAACAAAACAAAACUUGACUCAUCAAGCCAAUUCCCUGCAACUGAAAAUUAGCUUUUUCUCCUUCACACUCAUGCUCCAUGUAUAUAUGGUCAGCAUUCCCAUUAAAGGGAAGCUACACAUGCAAAUGCAUCGUACUACUAUGUUUUCGCCAUACUUUAUGUUUUUCUGCAUAUCUGAAGACAGUGGGAUAAAGAAUUUGAAGUGGUGUUCUUAUGGCAUUAGUGCUUUUGUAAGAAGGGCAGAUGUAGUGAGAGAGAUUUGUUGAUGGCAUUAAUAAGAAGGCCCUCCUACUAUGUGUAGUAUUUUGUAAACAUUUCACUGAGGGGCCAAAAGUUAAAUUAUAACUAAAUCACUGUGUUCUCAGAAUGAUAUUUAACAUUUAGCAACAACAAACCCGUGGUCAAACCAAAAAUAGGGGGUUGAAGUGUAUUUUUCAUCUUCUACUGCAUUGGCAAUUGCAAACAAAUAAAUAAAAAAGGAAUUUAAUAUAAGGAUAUACAGAUGAAUUCAAUGUCUAACAUUUUUAUUUAUUUAAAUAUUGACUUAUGAUGAUUUCCUAGUUUUAACACUUUAUGUCUUUUUAUUAUUAUUGUUCUUCCUUUCAAAACACUUGGUUCUUAAUAGGUUUGCUAAUUGCACAGUAGAGGCACUUCAUAUUGACCCAGUUCCCAAGUAGCAUUAAUAAUUGGGCCUGUGUCAUAAAAUGCAUGGAUCUCUAAUAACGAAAUGUCCCUGACACCUUUUAUUACAGGGCUGGGCUUAGACCAACUUGGGGGGAGGGGAAAAGGGGAGCAUAACAGAACAUGGUCAAAAAUGUCUCCGCUCAGGGAUUUAUGGUGGAUUAUUGCAGACAGUGCUAAAAAUAUAGAGCACAAGACAAGUUUACUAAAUUAAAAUUUUAUUUUUUGAGAAGCUGUUAUUUGUAUAAAUUAUCAAGAUUUGUAGGCUUUCCUUUUGUAGAAAUAAUUGUUUUAUGUGCCAGAGAAUUUCAAUUUUGUUUUCAACAAUAAAGCAUUGAUAACAAA